CAGUCAGUACUCUGAGUCUAUUCAGUGCCUCUCGUUCUCACACCUUGCCAACAACGGGCAACCUGGUCCUCUCCUGUCCAGCUGUCCCAGAUCUCCAGUGGAGUGUGGACGUCGUUCUCUGCCUACCAACAUCCCCCCCCCCCCUUCUGCUUCUGACUCCGUCUGCCUGGCCUGGAACCAAAUGUGGAUGUCUUCCUCUUAGACCUACCCGUCUAUACCACGUCUAGACCCCCCCCCCUCCCCCCCCGUGCUGUGACUUUCUCUCUGUCUAUCUCGCCACCAUGCUGCCUCGCACCUCAGCCUUCCUCCUGCUCUCUCUCUGCCUCUCCUGGGGGAUGUCUGCUUCUCUGGUCAAGAACAUCACUCCUGAAGAGGAAGUCCCAGAAGCAGAAACCAUGUUGAAGGAUGACACCAUUGCUGCUGCUGCUGCUGCUGAUACCGAGGUCUUUGCUGCUGCUGUAGAUAUCCGGACGGAGGGCGAUACCGUGGUGGCAGAUAGCCUGGUUGUUGACGAUACGCCUGCUGCUGUAGAUAUCCGGGUGGAGGGCGAUACCGUGGUGGCAGAUAGCCUGGUUGUUGACGAUACGCCUGCUGCUGUAGAUAUCCGGGUGGAGGGUGAUUCCGUAGUGGCAGAUAGCCUGGUUGUUGACGAUACGCCUGCUGCUGUAGAUAUCCGGGUGGAGGGUGAUUCCGUAGUGGCAGAUAGCCUGGUUGUUGACGAUACGCCUGCUGCUGUAGAUAUCCGGGUGGAGGGCGAUACCGUGGUGGCAGAUAGCCUGGUUGUUGACGAUACGCCUGCUGCUGUAGAUAUCCGGGUGGAGGGCGAUACCGUGGUGGCAGAUAGCCUGGUUGUUGACGAUACGCCUGCUGCUGUAGAUAUCCGGGUGGAGGGCGAUACCGUGGUGGCAGAUAGCCUGGUUGUUGACGAUACGCCUGCUGCUGUAGAUAUCCGGGUGGAGGGUGAUACCGUGGUGGCAGAUAGCCUGGUUGUUGACGAUACGCCUGCUGCUGUAGAUAUCCGGGUGGAGGGUGAUACCGUGGUGGUAGAUAGCCUGGUUGUUGACGAUACGCCUGCUGCUGUAGAUAUCUGGGUGGAGGGCGAUACCGUGGUGGCAGAUAGCCUGGUUGUUGACGAUACGCCUGCUGCUGUAGAUAUCCGGGUGGAGGGCGAUACCGUGGUGGCAGAUAGCCUGGUUGUUGACGAUACGCCUGCAGUGGAGGAACCUGUAGAAGACACCCCAGUGGCCGACAAGCCUGUUGCCGAUUCCGUUGUAGCUGGGGCAUUUGUAGCCAAGGAACCAGUUGCGGACUCCCCUGUUGCUGAUGCUCCGCUAGUAGACGCCCCUGUCAUGGCAGAUGAAGUCCCAGACACAGAGGCCCUCAUGGCGGACAUGCCACUGGUGGAAGACACGACUUACAUGGAUCUGGAGGCCCUGAUAACAGAAGCCGUGAUUAAAGAGUUGUCUGCCCAGGUGGAGGAGGAAGACCUCGCUAAAGAGACCGAGAUUCAGGACGCCAUCUUGAAAGAUUUGGCUGACCAGGAGGCCCUUGAAAAAGCGAUUGAGCCCAUUGAAGAGGAGGCAGAAGCAGAAGCUCCAGCGGAGGAUCCAGCCAGCCCUGUGCUACUUGGCGUCGAAGCCCAGGAAGAGGACUCUGACUGGGGCUUGGUUUCCAUCAGAGAGCGCCUCCAGGCAGCCAAUGGAUACUUUAACUCCCUGGUGGAAUUUAUGGGGGGACGUAAUGGAUUGUGUCAGUACAAAUGCAAAUACGGUAAGACACCUGUGCAUCGCAUUGGUUAUGUGACCCCAGAGCCCAAUGGUUGCAGCUCUGACCUCCUAGGAUUCCAGGUACCAGAUAGUUUUGACAUGGGCAUCCCAGCCAUGACUCAGUGCUGUAACCAGCUGGACAGUUGCUAUGACACCUGUGGCUCCAACAAAAACCUCUGUGAUUCCAAGUACCGCUCGUGUCUCCACGCUAUUUGCUCUGACCUGAAGAAGAGCCUGGGGCUUGUGUCAAAGGUCAAAGCCUGUGAGUCUGUAGCAGAUGCUCUGUACAACACAGUGUGGACGCUGGGCUGCAGAUCCUUCAUGAACAGCCAGAGGGAAGCAUGUUACUGUGAGAGAGAGGAGAGGGACGAGCUGUAGAGGACCAGGCUGGGACACAACACUACCCAACACAACACAAGACCAACCUGGGACACUACACUACCCAGCACUAGACCAACCUGGGACACUACACUACCCAGCACUAGACCAACCUGGGACACUACACUACCCAGCACUAGACCAACCUGGGACACUACACUACCCAGCACUA